AUAUGUUUAGUCUUACUAUUUACUGUUCUGUUCUUUCCUUUUUUUUUUCUUUUUGCAUCUUUUCUUUUACAUUACUCUCUUGCUUAUUAAGUUUUAACAUUUCCCAUUCCUUCAUUUUGCACCUACUCAGAAAAGAACCUACUGCUUAAUUGAACGUUGAUUCUAAUCAUGAACCAACAGUCAACAGUAAACCACAGCAACAAUCAUAACAGUAGUAGUGGCUGUACCUAUCGCUUUAUCGAUAGCUCCCUUGCAAAUCUUUCCCCAGAAAUCAAGCGUGACCUUGAAAUUAGACAGCAACCGAGGCAAGCCAAAGUCAGCAUUAUCAAUGAGAGAGACCGCAGACCUAUCGAGCCUCCACCUAUACUUCAAAUUCACUGGAGUGGAUGCUCAGAAGAGGAGUUAAAAAAAUGUCUACAAAGUCCUUUUUAUUACGUUGUGGCAAAUCUUGUUACCGAGGAUAAACCCGACAUUCCUCUUUUACCUGCAGAGAAGUACCUCUCGGGCUCACCCGUGUCAUCUCUCCAUAGACUCCGCGACAUCGAUAAUUCAGAGGGCGGAUACUUUGUCUUUGGUGACCUUGCUGUUAAAAAAGAAGGCAAAUUCAAGUUACGUUUCUCUCUUUUUGAGAUGAUAGAAGGCGAGGUCCGUAACUGUAGAACACUAUUAUCAGAUACGUUUACCGUGUACAUUCCAAAGCAUUAUCCGGGGUCUGUUGAGGCAACUUUUUUAUCGAGAACAUUUUCCGAUCAAGGCGUAAAAAUGAGAAUACGUAAAGAACAUAGACUCCAGAGUAGAAAACGCAAACACGAUAUUAGUAAUGAUGCUUCCUCUAUAACUUCAUUGAGCAGCGACAAUAAUUCGCAGCAGCCAAUCAAAAGAGUCUCUCCAAAACCGAGCAGAAGAUCAACCGUAUCAUCCUCGAUACCAACAACCAGCUCGACUGGUCAUUUUGGCAGAUGGCAGGCAACGGCGCCUCCCUCUACCCUUUCGAAGGUAAAGCAGCAAGAUCAGCGUUCUACAACCGCCAUCCAAAGUCGACAAAAUACUGUUACACCUUCACCCCAGCAGCAGCAUCAUCAAACCACGUUUGCGUACAUUAAUACGCCGACCAGCAACUUCAUUCAUGACCAUCGUUUUGAGAACGCCAAAAUACAACAGUUACAGCAUACCUCUUUCCCAAGCCCUGAAAGCACUAUUUAUAAUACUACUACUACCAGUGUCGCGUCAAGAACUUCGACCCCUCAAUUCUUAUCUCCGCGACAUACAGUCAAUGAAGCGGGCACUAACCUUACACAGACAUUAUAUCAUCACGAUCCUUACUUAAUAACGCCAACAAAAGUCUCAGCAGAUCAAUUACCAAAAGAUCGAUCUCUGGCACAAUACCAUACUUGCAAUGAUAGACAUACCACAUCCACAAGAAAUAGAUUACCAUCACCGCCUAUGCCCAUAACAAAUCUUCAUCUACACGCGACAGGGACACAGAAUUGGGGUACGCGCUUACCACCCUUGAAGACCAUUAUGAACGAUGACAGUAAUACCCACAGUUUCUCAACACCUACUACUACUGCUACUCCUUUAAUACUACCGCCUCCACCAGCUCUUAUGGCAAAACAAACUUAUUACUUCCAAUAAUAUGAUCACUGUUUAUCCUUAGCAUAUUGACUUAUUCAGUUCAUCUGUUGUACAUUGUAUAUUUAUUCACGCUUUUACUGCUUUGAUUGUAUAUCCCUUUUCCUUCCUUGUCUAUUUCAUAUAUAUACUUCCAUUGAUGUAUUCAUCUGAUUUUUCUGCUUUUAAACCAAAUCAAAAAGACAACGUAUAUCAAGCCUGUAUUUCAUAGGUCAUCGGUAAUAUUCACACUUGUUUUUUGGUGUAACACCAAAACACAAUAAUGAUAAAAAUCUACCAAAAUAGUUUAUAAUACUACAAAAGUACUUUAAAAUAAAAUACUGUACUACGAGGUUCUUGUU